AUGGAGGCGGAGCAACUCUUCCUCGGCUCCCAGGGCGAAGCUGGCGAUGUUGCAAUGAGUCCGCCAUCGUCAGAUGCUGACGCCAAUACAGCCUCGUCAACCUUGCCAACCUCUUCUACAUCCGACUUGCCGCCUGACUCAGAGCUGGUUGCUUCCCUCCCGGUAUACUUGAGCAAAUCGCUUCUCAGCGGUUCAUCUCUGCACGUCUUCCAAUAUCCCAUCUACCCACGCAAUCGACCACUUCCGGUGCCAUACUCAGCCGCAGCACGAGGACUUAAAGUUUCAAGCCGAUGGCGUCCACGAGCCAAUCGAGUUGAAGUCGAGCUUCCGUUGGAUGUCAGAGAAGAAGUCUACAACACAGAUCGCGGUGUCGAGUUCGGUGCAGGUGCCGACCUGCUUGCACAGAAGCAAGCUCGAGCUGACGCGGCUCAUGACGGUGCCAGCUCAAACGAAGCUUCCGGAUCCAGUAGCAGGUCUCGGGUCAAGAAGGAGAAGGAGGAGGAAGUGCAUGCCAACAGAGGUCCCAAGAAGCUCGAAAAGAUCAAGCUCGAAAGCAGUCAAGUGCCAAACGUCACCGAAUACAUGGUCGGUGUCAUCCGAGACCAGGCUCUUCACCUCACACGACUCGAGUCGAUCGUUCAGCUGCGACCUUCGAUGAACUACCUUGAUGCCAUCGACGAAGCGCGAGAAGCCGAGAAGCGUCGAGAUCGCGCUACGGCUGCAGGCGAAAUCGGCUCCGACGAGGAAGACGAAGACGAGCUGAUCGAGAUGGAGGCUCCCGGGGAAGGCUCUACGCGGUCGAAGAAGAAAGAGGUCAAGAAACCAGCAGCUCAGACGUUAAGUGUUGCGCUCCGAACAGAUCCCAACGCUAAGAAAGGCGGCGGUAUGAGCAUGGGUGGAGGCAUCAGCGAGGCACGCGAUCAAUUGAUGGCAGCGCAGAGAGAAGCAGAUGCCGAGCGCUGGGUUGAUUUAGAAUGGAGAGAUGAGCGCUCGCAGGAAGCCCAACAGAUCUUUGAUGCACAGCUCUUCGCCGAGAACAAGACUCCUCUGGUUUGCAAAACAAAGCCAAGAGAGUACCUUCUUCACGCUCUUCCAUAA